ACGUCAUCUCCGUGCGACCGCGCUCGCUUUCGUCAUCUCAUUUCACACACACACCGCUAUGUUCGGUGUCACCGUAGCCUUUGUAUUGUUCGCACCAGGCUGUUGAAUCUUGUUUUUUUUUGUGUGCGCACUUUGAAUUGUGUUCGCAAAUCACACUUGUGUGUGUGUGUGUUUUUUGACCACCAUGGAGUCCGUAGAGUCCACCGAGGAGAAUACGGGCGCUCUGUCUGCGGCGCAGAGGAGAGCAGAGAUCCGCAGGAGGAAACUGCUCAUGAAUUCGGAGGACAGGAUGAAAAGGAUCGUAGGCUUCACCAAAAACGAGCCCGAAAACAACGGUGCGUCUCGGCGACCCACAGAACCCCGCUUCCACCUCGAUCUUGACCGGACUGAGCAGUGGUCCUCAUCCUCUUCUUCACCGAGACCGUCUCCUUUCCUGCCUGAGGCUUCAGUGUUUGGCAGCCGCUCCCACAGCGCCACCCCAGAGAGACAGGGUUCUCCCCUGCCGGGCUGCAGCGACUCACCCGCAGGCUCUCACGACGACGACGUCGGAGGAGUCCGGCAACGACCCAGGGGGGAGCGGGCGUCGGACGACAUCAGCGGCUCCCCGAGGCGAGGCCUCCAGAAGUACUUGUCACGGUUCGAUGAUGCUAUGAAAUUGCGGGGUCAGCUGGCAAAUGAGAAGCAGCCUCAGGAUGGAGGGUGCGACACAGAGGAGUUUGAUCCCUUCAGAGUCUUCAGGCUCAUCGGCAGCAUCCUCCUUGCUAUUUUCGUCAGGGUUUUUGUUUGCAAGUAUCUGUCUAUAUUUGCUCCCUUUCUGACCCUUGAACUGGCCUACAUGGGAUUGUCCAAGUACUUUCCAAAGGUAGAGAAGAAAUCGCAGACCACUGUGCUAACUGCCGCCCUGCUGCUGUCUGGCAUCCCUGGUGAGGUCAUCAACCGCUCCAUGGACACCUACAGGAGAAUGGGCGACGUCUUCGCUGACCUCUGCGCCUACUUCUUCACUUUCAUCCUCUCUAAUGAGAUCCUGCUCUUCGUCGGCUCAGAGACUCCCUGACAGAGCAGGAGGACCUCAGUAACCCAGCGCUUCUUCAUGUUGACCCCCCCCCCCCCCAUCUCCCAUAGCAACAAAGCAUGCUCAUUUACACCUCCUGAUGAUUGUCAAGAGUCUGCAAAACAUAUACGAUCAGGGUUUGUGUUUAAACUGGACGAGUUAUGUCUUGUCCAGCAGGUCAGAGUCUUACUCAGGCUAAACAACAACAUGUAACCAGUUUGUUACAGUUAGUUUUUGCUCUGUGCAGGAACAGUGUUUUAUUUGUGUGUGAAGAAUGUAAAGGUACUUGCAAUGUGGGGUGAUAUUUAUUUGAAGAAAUUGGAAAAUAUUAUACCCAAAAGUGAACAUCAAUGCAGUUUUAAUACACUGGGAAGUCACAGAUUUGAGAAAUUUUGGACCACUAAUUCUAUAUUGUAUGAUUUUCUUUUCGCAAACAACAGUAUAAAUGUUUUUUUCUUUAUUCAAGGAGGAGUUUGUUAAUUUUCAUUUCACUCACACUCUGUAGACUUCACAGACCUCUUAGUGUUCAAAUGUACUGGGUUCCUGGUGUUUUGAUACAGUCCGGUUCCCAUAAUGACUUGCAUUCAAAUGAAUUGAACUCAACCUUUGAGUGAAGAGGUUUACUGACGUUCUUGCUCUCAUGACUGACGGUUGACGACUGACUUUAGUGCAGGGCUUAACACAGUGUCAUAAGAACAGGCGGUUUAUUUUUUUUUUUUUUUUUACUCAAAAGUUGAAGAGCAUUUAAAGUGUCAUAUGAGAUUAUUUCCAAGACUCUGAAAUUUUUGAUUUCACUCUCAGGAUUCUGAUAAAAUCAUUUAAUUAUUUUCUCUGGAACAUUAUGUAAUUAAAUUUGCCAUCCUGCUUGAGCAGAGUAGUUAGCUCCUGAUGGUUUUAAUUGGUGGUUCAGGAACUUGAACUUUCCUUCAAUUGGUGGAUAUGAGUCUAAUGUUUAUGCUGUUGCAGAUUUCCGACAACGACUGCAACUGUACAGUUGCUCAAGUUAUGCUUUUUUUGCAAACCUUCAAUUUGAAUAACUAUAGGAUCUGAGUUAUGAUAUGAUGUUGUGAUGUGGCUGAUGGGGAUGUUUGGGGUUUUACAGAAGAGUGCGGUCACUGCUGUGCCAGAUAAUGGGACGUAAUACACUUACUGUAUGUGUGCUUAGUAAUGACAGUGGUGUCCUGCUUUGCUUUCUUCGGGCCUUGUUCCUACAAACAUCAUACACUAUACUAUAAUCUGUGUCUUAGCCGUUAGUUUACUUAUUACAUAGUUUAAAUGUCAUCCAAAUUAAAUUAUUAUUUCUGAUGUUUUCAUGUGAAAUAUUGUUUGGUGUGUGUCAUACAAAUGGUCUGACCUACUUGAUUGUUUUAGACAGUGUUUACAUCAUAACUGUUUUUCAUGGCUCUUGCAUAUUUGGUGUUGAGGAGCAAUUUCAGUGUUGACAUAAUGUAGACAGUUUCUGCGUUAAAUAAAAAAUACAUAUGAA